AUGUCGUUCAACAAGGCCGAGAGCGUGGCGGCGACGUCGGGCUACUGGCGCUGGGUCGGCGACGUCGAGGAGAUGCGGAAGCAGCGCAAGAGCUACCGCCCCAAGUUCCGCAUGAACGGCACGGAGGCGGCCAUCGCGUCCCUCGACCCCGACUGGCUGCUCGCCCAGGCGCGGGCCAUGAACGACGCGCCGCGGCCGGAGAGCGACGACGGCGCGACGCCGCGGUCCGCGGCCCCGCCGCCGGGCUACGCGCUCUGCGCGGACAUCUUCGCGCGGCAGCAGGCGUGCAAGGCCGACGCGCGCGACGCCAAGCUCGCGCGGCGCGAGCUGCGCGCGGCGGAGCGCAGCGCCGCGUUCAAGAAGGGCGUCAUGCGCAACCUGAAGCGCGCGACGCACGACGCGCCCUUCAUGCCGACGAAGCACCGCAACGCGCGGCCGUUCGCGUCGCCCCGGGGCUACGACGGCGGCCCCGCGGGCGUCGACACGUACAACGACGCGAAGCGCGGCUUCUACCACUCCAUGGACACGAACCACCACGACGUCGUCCACCAGCUCCUCGACCACGAGACCAAGCACGUCGACGCGGUCGACCACCUCACGGUCAACCACGCGCCCCUCCCCGAGGACCGCGCGACGGUGCCGUCCUCCGCCUAA